UCCUUCCAUCAGGUAUUCCGGAAGUCGGAUGUCCUAAGAGGAAAUGUUUUCAUUCUAUGAUCUUUAGCUCAGCUUGUACGCUGACCGGUUUACUGAAGUUCUGACGGUAUAAUAAUAAGUAUUACUGGGAUGGUAACAUGGAAAGAGACUAUCCACAAAAAGAAGGUGCGGAAGAACUGAAUAUAUGUGAUCAACCAACCGAGGGUCCUGGCGCAUAUGCUGAUACAUUGGCAACGUCUCUCUCGCUGUUGGGCAGUCACAUGUUUCCAUAUCACGGUGAGGUUGUGGACAGAGAUGUUAAAACCAGUGUAAGCACAGAGGACCCCGUAGAGACACUGCUGCCAGACCCUACAGCAGUCGAGCGGACGUCGACCUUAGAGGCCGAACUGAGCCAGAAGGCUGACACAGAAAGCCAGGAGUCUGAAGACAUCGGCCUAUCUGCUCAGUCAGAUGAAGUCGUUCUGGCGGAGGCUUCGGUUAAUAAUGGUAAAGACAGUUCUGGGGAGUUUGUAGUUGCAUUGCUGGCAGGAAGUAAGCUAGAGGAACACUGUGUUGGCACAGAGGGCACGUCAUCCGUGUUGUCUGAGAGCAUCGCUGAAGAGGCUCCCCCUCUAUCCCACCGUGACGAGGACGUGACAGCCGAGAGCUGGAGGCAGCACCGCAAGCAUGUCUUUGUCCUCAGUGAAGCAGGCAAGCCUAUAUACUCCCGCUAUGGCAGUGAAGAGGCCCUUUCAUCCACCAUGGGAGUGAUGAUGGCCCUUGUGUCUUUCGUCCAGAGUGGAGACAACAUGAUCCGAUCCGUCUAUUCAGAGGAGCGCACAGUCGUGUUCGUGCAGAAGGGUCCCCUGGUUCUGGUGUGUGUGGCCAACAGCCGGCAGUCCGAGCAGCAGCUCCGCGACGAGCUUCUCUACGUGUACUACCAGAUCAUCAGCAUGCUCACCCAGGCCAGCAUCACCCGCAUCUUCGAGCACAAGAAGAACUACGACCUGCGCCGCCUGCUAGCCGGGUCGGAGAAGAUCCUGGACGGCCUGCUAGACCUGGUCGACUGGGACCCCAGCUUUCUGCUGGCAGCCGUGCACUGCCUGCCCCUGCCCUCCUCUCUCAGGGACUCGCUGAGCCAGAUCCUGCAGAAGGCCAUCACCCCUAACCUAGUGUUCUCCAUUCUCAUCGCAAAGAAGCAGCUGGUCACCAUCGUCCAGGAGAAGACGGUGAUCGAGGAUGCCAGGCUGGAGCCCGCCGACGUCCACCUGCUGCUCAACCUGAUUGGCGCCUCGUCGGCCUUCCAGGCCGGGGAGAUCUGGACUCCCAUCUGCCUGCCUCUCUUUAACCCCGACUGUUACUUUUACGCUUACAUAUCCUACCUGGACCCUCCGGAAUGCACUGUUUGCCUCCUGCUUCUCUCCACCGAUAAGGAGGCUUUCUACGCCGUGGCCGAGUGCAAGAGAAGGAUAGAGGAGGCCAUGGUGGCCCAGAACUCUUUAAGCCUCAUAGAGAAAGCCCAGUCGUACAGCGUGAGCCAGGUGGGCGUCUCGGACCUCAGGCACUUCAUGUACAAGCCCUUCGACGUGCCCGAUAACCACCGUCAGCUCACCCAGUUCACCAGCCCAGAGAUGGAAGCUCCAUACAGCAGCGCUGAGGAGAAGAUGAGACUGCUGGACCUGUACCGUUACAUGCACAGCCGCAUCCACAGCUCAUCCCGGCCCCUCAAACUCAUCUACCAUGUAGCCGAGCGGGAGACCCUGCUGGCCUGGGUCACAAGUAAAUUUGAGCUGUACACGUGCUUCAGUCCCCUGGUGACGAAGGCCUGCGCCAUCACAGCGAUCACCAAGCUCCUGCGGUGGCUCAAGAAGGAGGAGGACCGUCUCUUCAUACGGUACCCACCCAAGUACUCCACCACCCCGAACCCCAGCAAGAGCUCCCGCAAGUCUGAGCAGCAGGACUCCACAGAUAAUGGUUUCAUGUCUCUGCUAUAGGGGAGGUCUCUGUGUCAACCCACUGCUGUUCUGUUCUUGCCGUCACUGGUUUGCACACCGGCCACUGACACUGAGAACUCUUUGGACUUUGGUCUUCAACACUACGUCUUACACUAUUUAAUUUAAUGGACACUGGCAUUCCUCCCCACCCUGAUCAGAAAGCAGAGUCUGGGAAAGACAGUAAGACAGGAAAUGUAUAGCGUCAUGCGGUAUAAUCAAAAUGAAGUAUUGUAAAGCUAUUAUGUUUUUAUAUUUUAUUGCGACAACAAUGAGGGGAUUUCCUCACAAUGAUGGGAAAUGUAACAGAGCAAAGGUUGAAGGACAUGAUAUUGGAUUCGGUUCGGCCCACCUAGUUGCAACCGUCUCUUUAUGCGGUAAUUAAUUGGGUCAUAAAGUAAUAUCUAUGUUGCGCACACAAAUUAUUUGGUCUAAAUAACCACUAGAACAUUAUGAGCCUGGCUAAAUUGUAUUAGUGUAUUAGCAGGUCUAACUUUAUCCAGGUUACCUUUUGUGAAUAAAACCAAGUGUGAUCCUCAAUCUGCUAAAAAUC